AUGGAGGCGGAGGAGGAGUAUGGUAUUGAGAGACUCAGAAAUGCGGCCAGGGUUGAGUGUCCUCGUGUGGACAGUCUUAUGUUCUCUGCCAUGCUGAUGGACGCCUACCGCGACGAACGCCCCGGGAUACGCAUCGCCUACAGGACUAACGGUCACCUCCUGAAUCAACGGCGGAUGCGCUUCCAAUCGCGCGUAUCCACAACCACCGUUCUUGAACUCCUCUUCGCCGACGACUGCGUUCUAAACACCACCUCGGAAGAGGAGAUGCAACGGAGCAUGGACCUGUUCUCCGCCGCCUUCGAGAACUUCGGUCUGGUCAUUAACACGCAGAAGACGGUGGUCAUGCACCAAGCGCCACCCAACUCAGCCACAGCCCCCAACGCGCCGCCGCAAAUCAGCGUGAAGGGGACUCAACUGCAAGUGAUGGAGAACUUCCCGAACCUGGGCAGUACCCUCUCCCGGAACACCAAGAUCGAUGACGAAGUCGCCAACAGGAUCUCGAAAGCCAGUCAAGCCUUCGGUCGCCUCCAAAGCACAGUUUGGAAUCGGCAUGGUCUUCAACUGAGCACGAAGCUAAAGAUGUACAAGGUCGUCAUCCUGCCGACGCUAUUUUACGGAGCGGUGACCUGGACGGUGUACACGAGGUAGGCACGUCGACUGAAUCACUUCCACCUCAGCUGUCUUCGUCGCAUCCUGAGGCUGAAGUGACAGGAUCGCAUCCCCGACACUGAUGUGCUAGAACGUACGGGAAUGCUCAGAAUCUACUCCAUGCUCAGACAAAUUCAGCUGCGCUGGAGCGGCCACCUGGUGCGCAUGGACGACGAGCGACUACCCAAACGACUCUUCUACGGAGACGCCGGGACGGGUUCUCGCCGUCAAGGAGACCAGGUUCGCCGCUACAAGGAUACCCUGAAGUCUUCCCUGAAGCGCCUGCAAAUCAACCCGACCAAAUGGGAAGAGCUCGCACUCGAUCGGCCGACCUGGAGGAGGACAGUGAAGACAGGCGCUGCGAUCCACGAAGCCAAUCGCAUAGCCGCCGCCAAGGCGAAACGUGAAGCCCGCAAAUCACAACCUCGCCCAGUACGCAUCGCCGCCGCACAACCGCUUCCAAUGUGUCCUCGAUGUCAAAGGACAUUCCGGGCUCGAAUCGGACUUGUUGGACAUCUUCGGACCAACUGCUCCUCUCGAACUGCACCAACUAUCCUCCCCCAGCCCGCCUCUGCCUCCCCGCCGCCGCCAACUAACUCUGACAAUGCUUCUGAACCACCAAUUCCAUCCUCCUCCUCCUCCUCCUCCUCCUCCUUCUCCCCCACUGCCCCAGCGGCGGCCGCUCAGGCGGCGUCUCGCACAUCAACCCCUACACAAAAACCGACACCACCCCCACCUCUCCCGUUUCUAGUGAUGAGGAUCAGGACUACACCUGCCCUCACUGAGGUCGUACCUUCACCUUACGCAUCGGCCUGGUCGGUUACUUGCGAAUCCAUCGCACAGGGACUGGCGAAUUAGUGCCUGGAGCAUCAACCUGCACCCACCGCACUCGCCUCCACUGCCCACACUGUCCUCGCACAUUCCGGCAUCGCAUGGGCCUAUUCUGCCACAUGCGCAUCCACGAGAGCGGAAUUCACCGCAACCUCGACACACCCACCCCGCCGAGCCCCCCCCAAUUCAUCACAUUGCGCACCCACAAACCGCUCCUCAACCGACAUCGACGCCACCGACUCUACCACCUCUCACUCCUCCCCGUCCUCCUCCUCUUCCUCCUUCACUGCCACAACGACGGCCACUCCGGCGUCUGUAGCGCACGACUUCACCACAGCCGCACCUGACACAACAACAGGCACAACCCCUGCAACCUCCCUCAUCAGAGGUGAGGGCCAGGACUACAUCUGCGCUCACUGCGAUCACACCUUCACUGCCCGCAUCGGCCUGGUCAGUCACUUGCGAAUCCAUCGCACAGAGACUGGCGAACCAGUGCCUGGCGCACCAACCUACGCCCACCGCACUCGCCUCCACUGCCCACACUGCCCUCGCACCUUCAUGCAUCGCAUGGGUCUAUUCGGCCACAUGCGUAUCCACGAGAGCGGAAUUGACCACAAUUCCGAUACACCAACCACGCCUAUCAUGCUCAGCACCACCCUCCCACCAUCCGUCUGCACUACCACCAACGCCUCCUCUGUGGCUGAAACUGACACCGCCGAAUUCACAUGCCCACACUGUCCACGCACAUGCACCUCACGAAUUGGCCUGGUCGGUCACUUGCGAAUCCAUCGCAUAGAGACUGGAGAACCAGCGCCUGGAGCACCAACCUACACCCACCAAGUUCGAAUCAGCUGCCCACACUGUCCCCGCACUUUCAGGCACUGCAUGGGUCUAUUCGGUCACACGCGCAUCCACGACGACCUGCGGUAG